AUGUUCUUUGAGAACGGUGGGCCCCACAACGUGGGCCCUUACGGGGAUGUCCGUGCUGUGAAACCAGCAAUCACUGAGCAAGAAGCUGGAGACGAUUCUGCUGAAGCUAAUGAAGAAGCUAAUAAAAAGAUGCUGUCCAACUCAGAUGUGGCCAAGGGCCUGGCCAAAUUCCUUAGCUUGUGGCUGCUUAUGUUGACGUAUGAUGCCAUGGGAGGCGAUGGAGAAGGCGAGGAUGACAGUUUCGGGCCGCAUUAUGACACACCUCCGGUAUCAUACAAGAAACUCUUGCCACCCGGGGUGUUGCACCCGGGAAUGCCUGAUGUCCGUGCUGUGAAACCAGCAAUCACUGAACAAGAAGCUGGAGACGAUUCUGCUGAAGCUAAUGAAGAAGCUAAUAAAAAGAACAAAGAAAUAAGUGAUGAGGAGAAGAAAAUGAUAAUGCUGAGCGACGAUUUCCAGCGAUUCUUCAACAAAACAUCUAGAUACAUGGAACGGGCAUUGGCCGAAGAUGUAGACAUUUUAAUGGACUACACGGGGAUCAUGGAACGCGAUGGUGAAGCGGAUGAUCAUUCCGGAAUGCAGUUGUCAUUGAAUAGGAACUUCAAUGAUGACCGGUGGUGUCGUGGUCGGGUUAUCACUGCAAUGGAUUGGUCUGCUCAGUUCCCCGAACUCCUUGUAGCGUCUUAUUCUUCACGUGGUCCUGGUGUGGAUAUUGCAGGAGGUUCCGGACCCGGUGGAAAUGACCCUGACGGUGUUGUGCUCGUUUGGAAUACGAGGUACAAGAGAACAACGCCAGAGUAUGUCUUCCAUUGUCAGUCUCCAGUUAUGUCUGUUGCAUUUGCCAAAUUCCAUCCAAACUUGAUAAUUGGUGGCACCUACUCUGGUCGUAUUGUCUUGUGGGACAAUCGCGUGAAUAAAAGGACGCCUGUGCAGCGUUCUACUCUUUCUGCCGCUGCACACACGCACCCUGUUUAUUGUCUGAGUGUGGUUGGGACACAACAUGCUCAUAACCUGGUGAGCGUGAGUACAGAUGGAAGAAUGUGCUGCUGGGGUUCUCUGGAUAUGCUGGCACAAGCCCCACAGGAGAUCCAUGAGCUGCAUCAGCCCCAAAGACAAGGGAAACCUGUUGCUGCGACAGCUUUGGCAUUCCCAAGGUCAAGUUUGGGCGUUGGGAUGGUUGGAGGGUGAGUUGUUGUUUCC